AUGGCAUCAUCUCUAAGCUAUGUUCACGUCUUUCGUAUCGUUAUAACAGUCAUUAUGUCACACUUUGGUCAGCUUGACGCAAGAACAAGUCUUAACGUUUUGAAUUUCGGGGCAAAACCAAAUGGCCUCGUAGACUCCACGAAAGCCUUUUCGGAUGCAUGGGACAACGCAUGUGGCUUGGAAGACUCAGUCAUAAUUUACGUGCCAAAAGGAAGGUAUUUGGUUAGUCGGGAGCUUCGGUUCGAAGGAGAGAGUUGCAGAAGCCGUGAGACAACCCUAAGGAUUGAUGGGACUUUAAUUGGUCCACAAAAUUAUAGGUUGCUUGGGAAAGAAGAAAACUGGUUUAGUUUUAUUGGUGUUCACAAUAUUACGGUACUUGGAGGUUCUUUUGAUGCUAAGGGGUCUACCUUGUGGAGUUGCAAAGCUAAAGGUCUAAACUGCCCUGAAGGCGCAACGACACUUAGAUUCAUGGAUUCAUACAACGUGAGGAUAAAAGGAAUAUUGUCAUUGAAUAGCCAACUGUUCCAUAUAGCAAUUAACCGUUGCAGAAACAUAAAGAUUGAAGAUAUCCGAAUCAUAGCACCAGAUGAUAGUCCCAACACCGACGGCGUUCACAUUCAGUUAUCGACUGACAUCGAGGUCCGAAAUGCUUCCAUCAAAACCGGAGACGAUUGUAUCUCAAUCGGACCCGGUACAAAGAAUUUGAUGGUAGAUGGAAUCACUUGUGGUCCUGGACAUGGAAUCAGCAUUGGUAGCUUAGCGAAGAACCUAGAGGAGCAAGGAGUGAAGAACGUGACCGUGAAGAAGGCAGUGUUCGUACGGACGGACAAUGGGCUACGGAUAAAGUCGUGGCCACGUCAUAGCAAUGGGUUUGUGGAAAGAGUUCGGUUCUUAGGGGCUCGUAUGGUCAACGUCUCGUAUCCUAUCCUCAUCGACCAGAACUAUUGCCCUGGCGAUUCUUACUGCCCUUCUCAGGAAUCAGGAAUCAAAAUAAACGACGUAAUAUACAGCGGAAUUACAGGAACAUCGGCCACAACGGUUGCUAUAAAGAUGGAUUGCAGUGAGCGAUUCCCAUGCACCGGGAUUCGAAUGCAAGCCAUUAAUCUAAGUUAUUACGGUAAAGAAGCAAAGACUUCUUGCACCAAUGUUUCUGGUAAGCAACUUGGUUUGGUUUUACCCAAUGGAUGUCUUUGA